ACUCUGAUUUCAGAUAAAGACUAUGAGAACGCCAUCAAGUAUUACACGGAAGCACUGGAGCUGAACCCGAGCAAUGCCAUCUACUACAGUAACAGGAGUCUGGCGUACCUGCGCACCGAGUGCUAUGGCUAUGCGCUGGGGGACGCCACGAGGGCCCUGGAGCUGGACAAGAACUACAUUAAGGGCUACUAUCGGCGAGCCACCUCCAACAUGGCCCUGGGCAAGUUUAAAGCAGCACUCAAAGAUUACGAAACGGUAGUUAGAGUUCGUCCCAAUGACAAAGAUGCCAAGAUGAAGUACCAGGAGUGCAAUAAGAUUGUCAAACAGAAGGCCUUUGAACGGGCCAUCGCCAGCGACGAGCUCAAGAGAUCAGUAGUCGACUCCUUAGACAUCGAGAACAUGACCAUCGAGGAUGACUAUGCUGGACCUAAACUUGAAGAUGGGAAAGUUACACUGAAGUUCAUGAAAGACUUGAUGGCCUGGUUCAAAGACCAGAAGAAACUGCACAGAAAGUGUGCUUACCAGAUGCUGGUUCAAGUUAAAGAAGUUUUAUCCAAGCUUCCCAGUCUUGUUGAAAUUUCAUUAAAAGAGACAGAGGAAAUAACUAUUUGUGGAGACACACAUGGCCAGUACUAUGAUCUCCUAAAUAUCUUUGAGCUGAACGGUUUACCCUCUAUAACUAAUCCUUACCUGUUUAAUGGUGACUUUGUGGACCGCGGCUCUUUCUCUGUAGAAGUCAUUCUCACGCUGUUUGGCUUCAAGCUGCUGUAUCCAGAACACUUCCACCUGCUUAGAGGGAACCAUGAGACGGAUAACAUGAAUCAGAUGUACGGGUUCGAGGGUGAGGUGAAAGCGAAGUACACCGCCCAGAUGUUCCAGCUCUUCAGUGAAGUCUUCCAGUGGCUUCCUCUCGCCCAGUGCAUCAAUAGCAAAGUGCUGGUGAUGCAUGGAGGACUGUUUAGUGAGGAUGGUGUGACCUUAGAAGACAUUAGAAAGAUAGACAGGAAUAGACAGCCUCCAGACUCUGGUCCGAUGUGUGAUCUCCUGUGGUCAGAUCCUCAGCCGCAGGACGGACGGUCCGUCAGCAAGCGGGGUGUGAGCUGUCAGUUUGGGCCUGAUGUCACGGAGCGCUUCCUGGAACAGAACAAGCUGCAGUACAUAGUGCGCAGUCAUGAGGUGAAAGCCGAGGGUUACGAGGUCACUCACUCAGGGAAGUGCAUCACCGUGUUCUCAGCGCCAAACUACUGUGACCAGAUGGGAAAUAAAGGAGCUUACAUUCAUCUCAGGGGAUCAGACCUCAAGCCAGAGUUCCACCAGUUUACUGCUGUGCCUCAUCCAGAUGUCAAGCCGAUGGCAUACGCCAACUCUCUGAUGCAGCUGGGUAUGAUGUAGAGUUAUCAGGCAGCAGCUGCUGUGGUCCGAAUCCACUCUCACAUUCUCCUCGUCUCUGUUUCCAACACACACUUCCUUCCUCAUGUACACACACACACACACACGUUACUGUACUCAUACCUGUAGAUACAUCGGGAAGAAAGCACCUUGACUUGAAAAAGGAGCUAGGAAUGUUAUCCGUGCAUUGAUGGAUUGUUCUUGGAUCGACCCUCCCCUCGCACUUAUCAUUCAUGUAGAGCUGCAUAGUUUGAAUUGGAUGUUUAGCUCUGUGAUAAACGAGCUGAAUUUUACCAAAGAAUGGGCAAGUGUAUAUGACGCAUCCCAAAGUAAGAGUGUUGAUGUAGAAUUAUAGAGCCUUGUGACCAAGUUAUUAUGAGGAACAGAGG